AUGAAUGGGUUCGCUUUGAAGGUUCACGUUCUAGGAGCCGGGUCAAUAGGAUCCCUAGUAGCCCAUGAGCUAAGGCAGCAGUUCCCCAACACAUUGGCAGCGACGGUGCUCGUGCGGCCCGAGCGCAGGGUCGAAGAGCCCACGCAUAUUCGGUUGAAGCGACUAUACGAUUUAUCGAUCCCCGACCUGAGCGUCGAGGUGCAAACGGCCAAACCCAGCAUGAAAGACGACGUCAUAGAGAACUUGAUCGUGACUACCAAAGCGUUCCAGACUCAGGCUGCGAUCCUGCCGUACAUUGACCGACUAAACUCGGAGUCGAAUGUCUUGCUCAUCCAAAAUGGCAUGGGCAUGGUCAGCAAUUUAACCGACAAGUUUUGGAAACACUCGCUCAACAAGCCUCGUAUUUUUGAAGGCAUCACCACCCAUGGCGUGUUUAUGGGCCCUGGUGGGAUCGUGAACCAUGCUGCUAGGGGCACGAUCCAAAUCAGCAGCCCUUCUUUCGACUCUGCUUUGAAUGAGUUGCCGCUCGUGGUGCAGACGUUGCUCGAGACCCCGCAGCUAAACGCAGAGUACUUGCCCUACGAGGACUUUGUCUUGCGGCAAAUGGAGAAAUUGGUGGUGAACUGCUGCAUCAACCCCUUGACGGCGAUCUUUGACGUUGAGAAUGGCCAUUUGUUACUGGGGGAGCAAGUGCCUAGAAUCUGGAAAUCAAUCAUCGCCGAGGCUGUCGAUGCGCUCUUGCAGGAGUAUCCAAUAUUGGCCACCAUCCCCACCGCCGCGGCGUUUUUGAACCACGGUAGACUUUUAAACUCGGUCAUUUCGGUUUGCAGUCUCACUGCGAAAAACAGUUCAUCCAUGAGACAGGACAUGCUAGCGUUGAGAACAACUGAAAUUGAGAGCAUGAAUGGCUACAUUGCAUACUUGGGGAGAAAACACGGCAGAAACACGCCGACCAAUAAGUGGGCGUCGAACUUGGUCCGAUCCAAGCUUGACAUCGAUAGAGGAAUCAACAAUGCAGCUGCAGAUGCACUUUUAAGCCAAUAA